AUGAACAACAAACGAAAAAAUCGCCAAGGGCCACCGAGGUCACCACGAGGCCGUGUGGUAGCAGAGGGUGUGUACAACAAUCCACACUUCAUGCAUGCCAUGACCUCACAUGUCGGAGACAUCGUGCAAGUGCUAACACCCUCAGGCGGUCUCUGGGAGGGUGUCUUCAAGACUUUCAGUUCACACUUUGACAUUGUACUAGAAGUAGCCCAUCGUGUGGACCAAGAGGGUGUAGUGGCGGUGGAUUCUGUGGUUGAGAAAUUAAUCUUCAAACCCGAAGACGUGGUGUCCAUCCGGGCGAAAGACGCAGACCUCGAAUACGCCACACAUGACGUGUUUCAGACAGAUAGUGCAAUCUCUAGCAAAUUUAAUGGUAACGGCCGUUCAGCCGAAGAUCGUCAGUUGGAGCCAUGGGACGGUUGUGAUGGUGACACGGGUGACUCACCCUCCGUAAAUGGGGACGCUAGGCUCGAUGAACUAGAGUUAGAUCACCGAGCCAACGGCUGGGACGCAAAUGACAUGUUCCGUAAGAAUGAAGAAGUGUACGGCGUACACAGUACAUAUGACCAUUCCUUAGCGGGGUAUACUUUGCAACUUCAGAGGAAGGAUACGCAGGAUUACAGGGAAGCUGAAGCGAAAGCUGAAGAAAUAGCGGCUGAAAUAGAAGGCACUGCUACAUACAAGGCUCGAAUUGAAUUGGAAAACGGUGACGAAGAAGAAAGAUUCGCAGCUGUAGUAAGGCCGCAACAGGAGCAGCCCAAAUAUGUUAUACCUAAUAAGAGGAAGCCAGGACAGCAGCAACAGCAAGUAAACAAGCCAGUGAAAUCAGGGAACGGGGGCGGGUCCCCCGGGGGUGGAAAGGCCCGAGACAAGGACCCCAGACCACCUCGGCACCAUCUUACGCCCCCAGCGCCGCCCGCAGACAGACGGGAUGAACAUACGUCGGGCAACCCAUCUGGCACACCUGGCAACAAGAGCUACGCGGCGCAAGCGGCUGGUCACCACCCGCCACCAUUCCCGCAUCAUGCACAAUCAAACAGCAAAAUGAACGGCGAACCGCGUGCCUCAGGGCCACGGCAAGGCUUCCCAUCGCAUCACCAUCACAGCGGACCACAAGAGGCUGGUAGAUCACGGCACGGCUCUCAAGAUAUAAGAGACCAACGAGACCCCAGGGAUCAACGGGAUCCGAGAGAGCAGCGAGACUCCAGAGACCAACGAGACCCGAGGGACCAACGAGACCCCAGAGACCAACGGGAUCCCAGAGACCAAAGGGACCCUAGGGAUCAACGUGACCCCAGAGACCGAGAAUCACGGGACCAAAGAGAUCAGAGAGACAGGGACUCACGGGAACAACGGGAGGCCAGGGAUCCAAGAGACCAACGUGAUCGGGAACCAAGAGAGCAGAGGGAGCCCAGAGAACCACGCAGACAGGAGGAGUUACAGGAAUUACGCAAGUUCCAUCAAGACUUCAAACUGGUGACGUCACCGGCCCCUCCUACGCCGCAAGCCCCGCCUCCUCAAAUGGCCCCACCCCCACAGAUGGCCCCGCCACAGCAGCCGCCCACGCAGCCCCCACAGCCAGUUCUACCACAGCCACAGCCCCCUGCCGUCGUACACAAUCCUCAGCCUCAGUUACAGCCCCAGCCCUGCCCAGUAGUGCCGAGUCCUCCAGAGGUAUCGGCCAACGUAGGACCUCCAUCAGAACCCCACAAGAGGCCUGCACGGGCACCAGAGCAUCACAAGCCGCCUCCUGUCCCCACAGAAGAAGUAGAGGAAAUGAGUCGGUCUCCCGAAGCAAGUUCUCCCGGAGUAGAACGUGCGACUGCCACCCUCAAGAAAUCCACAUUGAACCCCAACGCAAAGGAGUUCAACCCCAGUGCAAAGACAUUCCAACCGAGAAGUCCUACUACACCUUCGCACAGCAGGCCACAUACGCCGGGAACUCCAGUGGGCGUCAACAUGGGUGUGGCACCGGUCGGGUUGAACGUUGUGGGUGGCUACGUCCCUGCACCGCCACCGGGUCCGCACAUGAUUCCGGCAUAUGCUGCAGUAAUGGCGGCGGCGGCGGCAGCCUCACAACAGCCGCCUGCUUAUCUACAGCAUCCACAUCCCCAUUCAAAUGGCCCAAUGGAGAUGAGUUGUGAGUGCCGCCAGUACGGGCCUCCCAUACUGGUGCUCGCUGAAAAGAGGGAUAGGCAUGACUCGGUGAGGGAGUGUGGAUAA